GUAAAUUCCGAGAGGCUAAUUAAGUGUUCUUAACGCACAUGGCGAUGAGGGGAGUAGGAGGCCCUUUGUUGUGCAUAGGCGAUCUGCUCAGCGACGUCGGCGAAGAAGGUAGCGCCUCCGACAACCACUCCUCAAGGGGCGUUGAUCUCAAAUCUUCUCAUUUUCCGGAAUCCGCUCCCAGUCUUAAACCCUCCGAUCUACCUAAGCUCUUUCAGGAAAACUAUGAGAAGCUGAAUGAUGCACUUGCUGGUACAGAUCAUUCAUGGACCGAUCUCACACUUGAAUUGUGCUAUGCUUUGGAGACCACCAACAAAUUGGUUCACUCUACAAAUUGUAAUGUUGGCAUGUUGUCUGAUAAUGUUCAGACGCUUCAGCAAAUGAUUAAUCGGAGAGAUUCAGAUAUAGCAGCAGCAAAAGCCAUUCAAAGUUCACUGGAAGGAAGGGGAACAACUGGUGCUGAAAAGCAUUUCCAAAAUUGAAAGGUAAAGACUUGUCAUUUUAGUUCACCCUUACCUUCUUCUUCUCCCUCCAGAAUCAGCAUUAACAGUGUACUAAAGGAUGCAAAAUCUUGAGAUUUAUUUGUACAAUUUGACAGUUAUUUUAUCGUCCUUGAACUUUUUGCCCUUUUUGGCAGUUAAAAUGUUGUUCAGUA